AUGGCGCGGCGUGGCUCCGUCCUGCGGGGCGCGUUCGGCGCGUUCGCGCUGUGCUGCGCAGCGCUGGUCCUGACUGCGCCUGUGUGCGUCGACGCGAGGGCGCAUGCGUGCGCGAGCGAGCAGGCAUCGGUCGUCAAGCUGGAGGAGCGGGUCCAGGGUCUCGCAGCGGACCUUGCGGAGUGCGAGAAGCGAUACGAGCGGUCCGAGGAGCAGCGCGAGUACCUCUCGAAGAUGAACAAGGCAUACGAGAAGCAAAUCGAGCGUCUGAACAAGAAAACGAAGUCCCUGAGCGACCUCUCGUUCUGGACCCUGACCAAGCUCCACGGCACCAAGGUUCACCGGACCUGGGAGGACGCCAAGUAUCUCGUGCGCGCGUCGUGGCGCGGAAUGCUCGGCAAGCGGGCGACGGAGGUCGAGGGCAUGUGGGGCGCCUUCCGCAAGCGCCUGAGCCGGGACUACGCGUGGGGGCAGGCGGCGCUGUCGGCGGGCGCCAUCACGCUGAAGGGCAACAUCCGGGAUUUCCUCCUCACGAAGAGCUGGGGCGCGAAGUACGCGCGCCAAGAGCACGUCCUCGAGCUCAUCGCCGCCGGCCUCGUCGGGGGCUUCCUGUUCUUCGGCGUGCUGGUGCCGGUGUUGUAUCUUGCGUCGCGGAUGCUGGGGGCGUCGGAGGCGGAAAUGAAGGCGUGGGACACAACGAUCGAGAACGUGCGGGCGCGCGCGAAGGAGCUGCGGAAACAGUACGACGCGGCGUCGUCGCCGACGGAGCAGGCUACGGCGCGGGGCGCGGAGGCCAAAAAGUCGAGCUAG